GUGACUACGGCCACCCGCGCGGCCACUUGCGCGCUCUGGAAUUUCUCCAGAUGCCCGCCGCAGCUUCAACUUUUCGCACUGAUUGAUCCAUUAUAUUCCAAAUCGCCUACUCGGGGCCCUUAAUAACCCCAAUUGCAACCAGACAGACACAAGGACGACAAGUGCAACACUUCACCAUGUUGGCCCGCUCCAUCCUCCGCAAGGCCUUGGCCCUGCCAUUCGAGCAGACACCAUCAUCAACCACACUUUUCCGGGCCACUCUAUCCACAACAACAUCGACAUCGACGCAGUCCCCGAACCCAGAAACCCCAUUGAGCGCAUCGCCCCGUGCAGAAUUCAAUGACCCCACACAACAACAGCACCAACCACCCGUCACACCCUCUGCUGCUAUCAGAUCCGCCUCGACACCCUACACUACCCCCAACACAUCCAGCCACAUCCCCAUCCACAAACAACCACUUCCACCGACAUUCGAAUCGCCCCUGAAAGUCACAAGCUCCCUCCUCGAGCUCCUCCCGCACCUUGUCGCGCAACGAUCACACUAUAUCACCGCGCACGUCCAUGCGAAGCCCUACCUGGUGACAGCGGGCGACCACCUCCGUCUGCCGUUUUUGAUGGCCAAUGUGCAGCCUGGUGAUGUUAUCAGACUUAACCGGGCGUCUGUGAUUGGUUCGAGGGACUUUACGCUGAAAGGGAAGCCAUAUAUCGAUGAGCGGAUGUUUGAGUGUCGGGCACGGGUUGUGGGUGUUGAUUCGGAGCCGAUGCGGUACAAGGAGAAGACGAAGAGGAGGCAGAGGCAUGUGCGGACUAUUAAGAGUAAGGAGCGGUAUACUAUGCUGAGGAUUAUGGACGUUAAGGUUAAGACGGAGGAGGAGUUGGUAAAGGAGGGGGCUGUUGUUGUUGAGGGUCAAGACCAGGCAACGCUGGAGGUUAAGUCGUGAUUUGUGAGCUCUAGAGUAUUUCACGGACAUGUUGAAAAGGAGAAUGGUUUUUUUAAGGAAAAGUCACGUUCAAUGAUGGGUUACUGUCCUCCUGUCCUUGGGGCUGGGCAUGCUAUGUACAGAUAGGUUGAUUGCGCAUGUAUCUAUAAUGGAUUUUCUGUCUACUCUCAUCCAAGUUCCAGCACCAAGUGAGAUUCAAGCAUUUCAUAACUAUCACUAUCCAGACCUAUGAGCUUGGCAAACACGCUACAUAAAAACAUCAUUCAUCAUAACCAACAAAAUCAACCCAAAAUAUCAUCCGCAAUCUUCUCCGCCAACGCAUAAACCGUCGACUGCGGAUGUCCCGGCGGUAACAACGGAAAACUACUCGCAUCAACAA